AUGGUUCACAAGGUCCUUUUCUGGGGCGGCUUCGGCAUUGCCGUCCGUCUCUGGCAACUAGGAAUCCAAAUGCGCCCUUUCCUCGGCAAAGAAUCCCUCUGGGCAUACCCCCUGUUUGCUGGCGUUGGUGGAAGCUUCGGAUACUGGAUUCAAGGCGUCGAGUCCCGACAAUUGAAGAUGCUUGCUGAGCGACGAGAAGCUAUUCUCGAGAAGCGACGGAGACGGGAUGGACAGGAUGGCCUGGUGAACACUGGCGAGCAAGCCGGCAUUUUGGCCGCCACGUCAUAA